UCCCGUCUCGGCCUCGCCGUCGCUGCCCGGGCUCUUGGCGGCCGCCCUGAAUGAUCCGGCCCGGCAUCCCCCGCGCGCCGCUCGGCCGGGGCCUCCUCUUCCUCCGCCGCCGCCGCCAUGGCCUUCACGUUCGCCGCCUUCUGCUACAUGCUGGCGCUGCUCCUCACCGCCGCGCUCAUCUUCUUCGCCAUCUGGCAUAUUAUAGCUUUUGAUGAGCUGAAGACUGACUACAAGAAUCCCAUAGACCAGUGUAAUACACUCAACCCUACAGUUGAAAAGGUUAAAAAGAUUAAGAGAGUCAAAAUUGCAUUAAAGCUUGUGCUUCCGGAGUACCUCAUCCACGCUUUCUUCUGUGUUAUGUUUCUGUGUGCAACAGAAUGGCUCACGCUGGGUCUCAAUAUGCCAUUGUUGGCUUACCAUAUUUGGAGGUAUAUGAGCAGGCCUGUAAUGAGCGGCCCAGGACUCUAUGAUCCCACAACCAUCAUGAACGCAGAUAUUUUAGCAUAUUGCCAGAAGGAAGGAUGGUGCAAACUAGCAUUUUACCUUCUAUCUUUUUUUUACUACCUAUAUGGCAUGAUUUAUGUCUUGGUGAGCUCUUAAAAGAUGGCGUCCAGCGGACUUGGUUCCAGCGAAGUGCAUGCAGAAAAGCCACAAGACGAAAGGAUUGUUUUCAAAGAAGAAUCUAGUAUCAAGAUUUAGCUACGGAAUCUGACGAUCACAGUUGCAACUGGUUGGGGGGAAAGACGACUACCGCAUCUUCUUCUCCUGCCCCUUUAAAAUUGUGCCCAUACUUUAAUACUCAUGGAAAGACAGUUUCAUUUUCUAAAUUUUACUGGGAUGUUUAAAGUGAUGAAAAUCACAUAUAAAUUAAUGUAAAGCGGUUACCUCUGGCUUUGGACACUUUUGAUGCUGCACUCCAUAAGGAACAGCUCAUUCCCUCAAUUAUAAUAAGUAUUAAUUGCUGUCCUUAGUAUAAUAGAAUUCUGUUUUUGUUCAAUUGACUUCGUAGUGGAUCAUUUGGGUUGUGGACUGCCAUCUAGCUGUCACCUGUAGGUACCAAGUGCUCCCGAAAGACUGAAUGCUUUUCUGUAUGUUAUCUCUUAGGUAACCUCUGUGUGUCUUAUAGAUGAAUACAUGACUACAACUGCAGGAAGAAUUGUAGUUCUAUUUUUUACCGUUUGGAUAUUACCUCCCUAUAAUGUGCAUGGCUCAAACUUCCCAUAUUUAUGGCAAACAGUGAACGCCCCUUUCUUUAAUUUUCUACACUAAGUGGAUAUGGUAGGGGAAGAGGGAAUUACUGGUGAAGAGUACAUAUUAAAACCACCCUAUAAAAAAGAAAAUACCUUGUGUAGCGGUCUCAAAUUACCAUACAACCUGGGUCAAGCGUGGUAAUAAAAAUAGUUUGUGAGUUUGCAGGUAGGAUUGCAUACAAUUUGAGACACUUGUUCAACGGGUUUGGGUGAAUAUCCCUGCUGUUCCUUGGUGCAAUACAAUAAAAACUUCAAAGACGGCUAAAACUU